GGCCCAUUCCCCCCUAGUGAGACCUUUCACUCUCCACUGACUCUGCCCUGCUUCCCUAGAUCGGGUGCUGGGCGCUGGGGGCCACAAUGUGCGGGACAGGGCGACCAUCCGGCGGCUGAACAUGUACCGGCAGAAGGAGCGCAGAAACAAUCGUGGUAAAGUGAUUAGGCCUCUGCAGUACCAGUCCACAGUGGCACCAGGAACAGUGGCAAGAGUGGAACCAAAUAUUAAAUGGUUUGGAAAUACUCGUGUGAUCAAGCAGUCAUCCCUGCAGAAAUUCCAAGAGGAAAUGGAGACUGUUAUGAAGGAUCCAUACAAAGUGGUCAUGAAGCAAAGCAAGCUGCCGAUGUCACUUCUCCAUGAUCGAAUUACACCUCAUAAUUCCAAAGUCCACAUUCUUGACACAGAAGCUUUUGAAACGACCUUUGGCCCCAAAUCGCAAAGGAAAAGACCAAAUCUUUCUGUAAAUGAUGUGCAGUCUCUGCUGGAGAAUGCUGAGGCCUCUGUAGGGACCUACGACCAGGGCAAGGACCGAGACCUGGUGAUGGAAGAUACUGGAGUAAGAGAUGAAGCACGUGAGGAGAUCUACAAGAAGGGACAGUCCAAAAGAAUCUGGGGUGAGCUUUACAAAGUGAUUGAUUCGUCUGAUGUUAUUGUGCAAGUUCUUGAUGCUAGAGAUCCUGUAGGGACUCGUUCUCCACAUGUCGAAUCUUAUCUCAAAAAGGAGAAACCAUGGAAACAUCUCAUUUUUGUCUUGAACAAGUGUGACCUUGUCCCUACUUGGGCUACUAAACGCUGGGUUGCAGUCCUCUCCCAGGAUUACCCGACACUUGCUUUCCACGCUAGUCUCACAAAUCCCUUUGGCAAAGGAGCCUUCAUACAACUGUUACGGCAGUUUGGAAAGUUGCACAUGGACAAGAAACAGAUCAGUGUGGGCUUCAUUGGCUACCCAAAUGUUGGCAAGAGCUCAGUGAUUAAUACAUUACGAUCCAAGAAGGUCUGCAAUGUGGCCCCCAUUGCAGGUGAAACAAAGGUCUGGCAGUACAUCACUUUGAUGCGGCGGAUUUUCCUCAUCGACUGCCCGGGUGUAGUUUACCCAUCGGGAGACACAGAAACCGACAUUGUGCUGAAGGGAGUGGUUCAAGUUGAAAAAAUAAGAAGCCCAGAAGACCAUAUUAGUGCAGUGCUUGAAAGAGCAAAGCCAGAGUACAUCAGCAAGACAUACAAAAUUGAUACCUGGAAAAAUGCAGAGGAUUUCCUUGAGAAACUAGCCUUCAGGACUGGAAAACUGUUAAAGGGUGGAGAACCUGACAUGCAGACCGUGAGCAAAAUGGUCCUUAAUGACUGGCAGAGAGGCCGUAUACCAUUCUUCGUUAAACCACCGAAUGCAGAACCAGGUCCUCAGCCCUCAUCUUUAGAAGUAGCUCCAGCGCCAAGGCAACCUGACAGUGAUGAGCAGAGCUCGGAGCCUGUAGCUUUGAACAUGGAAGCAGUAGAAGAGGAGAACAAAGCAGAGACAGAAAUGAAGCAACUCAUGUCUCGCGUCCGGCAGAACUUCGGGAAGAUUAAUGUGGCAACUGAGUUCUUGGAAGAAGACCUGGUUCCUGUAGAUACCUCAGAUAUUGACAAAAUGGACAGUGAUCCUUCUGGGGGAGAGGAGGAGGAGGAGGAAGAGCAACAAAACUUAGAAGAGGACUCCAGUGCCCGUGGAGAAGGUGCCAGGGAGGGCGCCAAGGCAGUUAUUAAAGUUUUGGAUGAAAAAAUUGCAAAAUACAAAAAAUUCCUGGACAAAGCCAAAGCCAAGAGAUUCUCAGCAGUAAGAAUCCCCAGAGGGCUCAGUGAAAAGGUAUUCAGAAUAUCUGAGCAGAAGUCAGAGGAAACCAAAGAACCAGAGACCACAGGGUGCACAAAAAAGGGAAAGAAAAGGAAAAUACAAGAGGAGGUUGACGAUGCCCUGGAGGGUAAAAAGCCUUGCAAGAAGCUUACAUCCAAAGAGAGGAGAAGAGCUGAGAGGCAGCAGCACACCAAGAAAGUUGGGGUCCGAUACUAUGAAACUCACAACGUGAAAAAUAAAAACCGGAACAAGAAGAAAAGUGACUCAGAGGGACAGAGAUCAAAGCACAAAAAAUUUAAACAUAAACAAUAACUGGGGCUUUUAUUAAAUUUUACAUAACCAGU